CUUCUCCCCGGGGUCGAAAGCCUUUCCCCUCCAGCACCGCACGAGUACGCCCUGCUUCCGCCGGAACGGAUCCUCUUGAACGAAAGGCUCGGUCUCGAGGUGGACGGAUCGGAGCCUGGCCCUCUUCCCCGGGACCAUCCCUACUGCCGUGAGCAACGAGAGCUAGGCUGCUACCCGCUUCCAGGAUGGGAGCAAAAACGCCCUCUCCCGCAGUACGAACCGUUCGAAGACGAUCUCGGUAGGUCUCGCGAGCGCGACGAGGAGCACCGGUGUCGGAGCGGGCUCACCGUCGGUGAAUUCGAUGCCAAGGUCGCUCUCGAAAGCGGGAUAAAGAAGAAAAAAUGCCUGCAACGGCACACAAAGGGCGGCUUCGUUUUCUCGUGCCCUCAUUGUGUCAUCUAUGGCUUCCACGUCAUGCUCCGCGGGGAGUCGCCGCGAGACCCCUUCACCGUCCUGUACACGCGGCUCAAUCGGAGAGAUCUUCCUCUGUACCUCAUCCACGACAACGCCUGCAAGCUGCGUGCCUACGCGAUGCGGAGAGAGCCAGCGUUCUUUGCAGACGUUCGGUUCCUGAUCGAUAGAUUCCAUUUCCACCACACAACCGCCGAGGCACACAAGUGUGGUCCAUCAUACAACACAGACUACUACGACUCUGUGUGUUGGGUCAACACCUCAGCAGCGGAGUCGUGCAACGCGUUCCUCGUGAGCUUCAAGACGCAAGCUUGGUAUAGUAGCCUCGUUGCGUUCAUGAUCAUCCUUGCUAACCUGAUCAGCGGACGGAAUAGCGACCUCACACGAGUUGACGCCCCAAAGCUGCGAAUUGCGGGCAGAGCGGACACGUGGGAACCGGCUGUACGGCAGCGGCUCUUGAUGUACUAA